AUGUCGAGAAAUCCUAAAAGUUCCUGGCGAACCGGCCCCGGCAGACUGGAGGCCCUCUUGGCGCUGAGUUUGAUCCUGCUUCUCGUCCUACAGCCGGAUCCUUGCCGCGGUUCGCCGUCUCAUCGUAGCAGACAUCACGAGCACGAGCUGCACGUCGCGCAGGAGGCAUCGUCGUCGUCGUCGUCAUCGUUGUCGUCACGCGAAGAAUUCGAUGUCAGGAGUUCCAGGAUCAGCGAGGAGCUACCGCGAGCGUCCGCUUUCACCGGCAACGAUCCGCUGGUCGUACGUACCAGGAAGGGCAUGGCCCGCGGCAAGACUCUGACCGCCACCACCGGCAAGGAGGUCGACGCCUGGUUCGUCAUUCCUUACGCCCAAAAACCUCUCGGUCCGCUGAGGUUUCGCCAUCCGCGACCGGUCGAACGCUGGUCGGGCGUGCUAAACGCGACCGCCCUGCCGAACAGCUGCGUGCAGAUCCUCGACACAGUGUUCGGCGACUUCUCCGGCGCCACUAUGUGGAAUCCGAACACGCAGCUGAGCGAGGACUGUCUAUACGUGAACGUGGUUGUGCCGCGGCCCAGGCCUACGAACGCCGCUGUCAUGGUAUGGAUAUUCGGUGGCGGCUUCUAUUCCGGCUCGGCCACCCUCGACGUGUACGAUCACAAAACCCUGGUCUCGGAGGAGAACGUGAUCGUGGUGUCGAUGCAAUAUCGCGUGGCCAGUCUCGGCUUUCUGUACUUUGGCACGUCCGAUGUGCCCGGUAACGCCGGUCUCUUUGACCAGAUGAUGGCCCUGCAGUGGGUGCGCGACAACAUCGCUGCUUUCGGUGGCAAUCCCGAGAACGUCACGCUUUUUGGCGAGAGUGCGGGCGCGGUCUCCGUCUCCAUGCAUCUCCUCUCACCGCUUUCCAGGCACCUGUUCAACCAGGCCAUCAUGCAAUCGGGCUCGCCGACCACGCCGUGGGCGAUAAUCUCGCGUGAAGAAUCGAUCGUACGCGGCAUCCGGCUGGCGGAGGCGGUCGGUUGUCCGCACGAACGCGACAAUCUGCGCGAAGUGAUCGACUGUCUGCUGACAAAGGACGCGGAGGAACUGGUAAAGAACGAGUGGGGCACCCUCGGGAUCUGCGAGUUCCCGUUCGUGCCGGUGAUUGACGGCGCGUUCCUCGACGAGACCCCGCAACGUUCUCUCGUCACGUCGUCCUUCAAGAAGGCCAACAUCCUGAUGGGUUCCAACACCGAGGAGGGUUUCUACUUCAUCAUCUACUAUCUCACGGAGCUGUUUCGCAUCGACGGUACCGAGGACGUGAAGGUUACGCGCGAUCAGUUCAUCAGCGCCGUGUCCGAGCUGAAUCCCUAUGUGAAUCAGAUCGGUCGACAUGCCAUUAUCUACGAGUACGCUCUUGACAAGCUUGUCGGCGAUUACCAGUUCACCUGCAACGUCAACGAGUUCGCCGGCCGUUACGCCGACACUGGCAAUACCGUCUACAUGUACUACUUCAAGCACAGGUCCGUGAACAAUCCAUGGCCGCGGUGGACUGGAGUCAUGCAUGCCGACGAGAUAAGUUAUAUUUUCGGGGAACCGCUGGAUCCAUCCAAACACUUUACGAACGAGGAAAUUCAUCUCUCAAAGAGGAUGAUGAGAUACUGGGCGAACUUUGCGAAGUCGGGGGAUCCGAAUGUGGGCGACGCCGGUGGAUGGUCGUCGGCUUACUGGCCGCAGCACACCGUCGCUAACAAAGAGUACCUGACCUUGGACAUAAACAGCACGGAGAUCGGCAGCGGGCCCAGGGUGAGACAGUGCGCCUUCUGGAAGAAAUACCUGCCGCAGCUGCUCGGCGCUACGUCGAAACUGGAGAUCGCGUCCAAGGAGACCUGCAGCGGCACGAGCCUCGCCGACUCCGGCGCGACCCGGAUACUCCUGAUCUUGAGCCUGUUAUUGACCGGCCUCACUACUCUGCCUCACAUCCAGCACGACGUCAGAGGCAUCGUUUAGCUCCCGGCCGCCGCCGCCGCCGGAUCGGUGGUCGGCUGUCGAGCUGCCGUCCUAGCCCCGUCGAGCAGCAGCAUCAACAGCGGCGGCCCGUUUUCUCCCUGAAGAAGAGGAUGAACAGACGGAUGAUGGACGGAAGAAAAGCGAGCAAACAGACGAACGAACGAACGAACGAACGAUCGGGAAGACAACGGCACCGCGUGAGAAACAGACAUAUCAAUAGUAGAUGAGUGCUCGAUCGCCGGGGGAUCGACGAUGAAUAAAACAAAUACGCCCGCGUCUGUGAAAGAGAAAGAAAAAGAGAGAGAUCUCGCUCGGUUAGGAAAACUAUGGGGAGAGACCCUUAGGGAACCCAGUGGAAUCCGGAGCUCAACUUCUCUUGGCACGUAAUCAGGAGAGAAAGGGGAAGAUCGAAGAUCGAAAGAUACAAGAAAGUUAAGCGACGAACGACGAUCUGACGAAAACGAAGGAUGGGAGAGUAAGAGAAAGGGAAUAUCGGUCCAAUAUAGCGAAGUGGAGAUGAUAACGCGAAACUAUCGGCGAAACAAUAUGCGGUUAAUUGCGCUAAUUACAAUUUCUGCAGUUUCCUGAGUCGUCAUUUCCAAGAUUUGACGUUUUCAAACAGAGCGAAGGAAGUUCGGAGAUGCUUGAGAAUUCGAAGAUUUGAAGGUUCGAACGUGCGCGAAGAUUCGCGAGAAAAAGAUGCGAGAACUCGAGUUACCGGAAGUUAUAUAUCGCGGUGGGAAUUCUCGUCGCGUCGUAAAACUAUCGUUACGACUGACAUAAUCCCGCCUCUUGACGAUCUCAGUCUCGCCUUAUCCGGAACGCGGGGAGAUAGCCUUUUUUUCUUUAUACUACCCUGCCGUAUAUCGUUAUGUGGGUCACCAUCAUACGAAGGUUUUAUGAACAAGAAUCGCCGCAUCGCGUCGCGUUUACUGUGGCAUUAUCCCGCGGAACAGAGCGAUAAUGUACAAGAUGUUUCACAUAGAUAAGAUACAAACCGGUAUUUCCCUUAUAAAAAAUAAACAUCUUUUUCCUUUGGCAAAAUUUCCGGAAAUGUAUCGUUUUCGAGAUACGUUAUUUUUCAUGUCAUAUAUCCUUAUUGCACAAAAAGAUUCAAUCGCUAAUAUUAUAAAAAUUACCAUGAAUUUUCUUUUUAUUAAACAUUUUGCAAUGUAUUGAAUAAUUUAACAAUAUAAAGAAAGAAUCUUUGUUAGAAAUUUUGUUAGCCCUUCGCUAACAGACUUUGCAAAGCACAUUUUGCUGGCACAAGAAAAUUUAUUUUUUAUCAAUUCAAAAAUAAAAUUAAGUGUUUUAUUAUAAAAAUAUAAAUAUAUAUCAGAUUUUAUAUUAUAAUAGAAUUAUCAAAACUUUUACACAAAGGAAAAAAGAUGCUUAUUUUUUGACAAAAAAUACGUAUGUUUAUACAUACGUCUAUUUAUAUAUUGGAUACAGAUACAUAUCUGGAUCGUGAUCGAAAUGAGAGUCGUCCGGAGUGAAACUUCUGUAAUUUCGCCUCGAGUCUCACUGGACCCGCAGAGCUUCUUUUGCAAUAUAACGAGAUCUACAUCGAAAUAUCUUUGGGAAAAAAA